CCACCCUAGGGCCGGCCCUGACGUCACUGCGCCCGCCCCGCUCUGUACAUGCAGAGGAAUGUGGGACUGGAUAGUCCGGAGUGGGCGCAGUCUGGCCGGUGCUCCGGCUCAGUCACGGGCACGGCAGUGCGGGUGUGUGCUGCUGACGUUGCAUGUGUAGUCGCAUUGAUCCUUUUUGUCAGACUGUAUGUCUGUUCCCAGUGGUCUGGAUUGUGAGUGCAGCCUGGCAGCACUGUGGCCCCUGGUGCCUACCUUCUACCACCUCCAUGGUCAUUCCUCUGCAGGGACCGGGGCAUACUUGACUACUUUUGAAAAAGCAUUUCAGGGAGAUUGUGACAGUAACACCUAUCGGCGCAGACGCGUGCUGCUACAUCUGAGAGGCGUGUCAUAAAAAUGACUUGGAUCCAAAUGUAAAUGAGCCCCAAAGCCUAUUAUGCUGCUCUGAAACAAAUACCACCUUGCCUUGGAUGACUAUCUGCCGAAUUUCGCCACCAUGUGGAAGGGUCUUAUACUGUUCUGGUCAGUGAGCCUCUCCCUGUCUGACGCCAGGAUUGGGCCAUGGAUAGAGAAUGAGAACAGCCUGCAGAAUAUUGCUGGAAUUAAUAAUGAGAAGCAGUGUAGACAAGAGUGCAGAGCUACGCUGUCCUCUGGUGAUCUUCACUGUAGCAAGUCAGCAUUACUCUACAACUGGUGCGUCAUAAUACAUUGUAACAAAUUAUGCCAUACAACUGAAGCCAGACGCAUCACAGACCAACGUUUAGGUGUGAAUUAUCUUAAGAAGAGAAGAAAACGAAGUCCUAAACAACAUGUAAAUAAAGAUGGAAAAUUAAAGACAAAAAGGACAACAUCAGAAAUCAACCCCUCUCCACCCACCACAAUUACAACAGAAACUACAAUACCAACAACAUCCAGGCCAGAACUUACAACUACAAAAAUUAAAGCUACUACUAAUACCAUAUCCACCAAUAAAGAACAAAAAACCGUAAAAUCUAUGGUACUUGAAACAACCACCACCAUAGAACAAGUAACAACACCUAUCCCCACAACAAGCUUAAAGCCAUUAAUUACAACAACAACUACAUCAACAACUCCUGCUCCCACAACAACAAGCACAAAGCCAGUCAUUACAACAAAAACUACAUCAACAACUCCUGCUCCCACAACAACAAGCACAAAGCCAUUAAUUCCAACAAAAAGUACAUCAACAACUCCUCCCACAACGACAAGCACAAAGCCAUUAAUUCCAACAAAAAGUACAUCAACAACUCCUCCCACAACGACAAGCACAAAGCCAUUAAUUCCAACAAAAAGUACAUCAAAAAGCACAGAAUUAAUAGCUACAGCAAUAAAACAUGUUGCCUCAACAACCGGUAACUCUGAAUUGCCAAUACCAAAAUUCGCCAUGAGCACAGAGCCAAAGACUACCACUUUAACCAUGACCACAGAACAAACUGCAGCAAGAGCCAGCACUGAGCUAGCCAUUGCUACUCCAACCACCUCUUCCACCAAGUCAGCCAUAUCUACAACAACCACAGUAAUGCCUUCGCCAAACCCUACUACAGAGACUAUACAAACUAAAAUCAGUGCCAUAAUGUCAAGUACAAAUCCAACAACUGUCACAGACCUCAGUGUUAAGGACACAACAUUGGGGAGUACCAGCUCUGGACAAGAAAACAUUCCAAUAACCACAACUUUAAAGCAAGACAUUACAACAGUGAUCACCACAGUGAAGCCAAGCGAACCAUUAAAAACUACUGUGGCACCAACUACACCAGUGCUGAAACAUACUACCAUCAGUCCAACAACAACAAUUUUGAUGAUACCAUCUGUGACAAACGUCCAAAGCACUCAAACUACCUCCACAGCAAAGCUAGGUACUAUAUCAUUAACAGAAAACAUUAUCCCUACCACAAGCAAGCUGUCCAAACCAGACUCUACUGCAUGGACUUCUCCUAGUGUAUCUUUAACUUCAGUUCAAGAUGCAAACCAAAAAGAUGGUGAUGAUGAUGAUGGUAAAAAUGGUUUUAUUAGUGUUGAAGAAGAGGUAACAAAACAUGUGCAGAACACUAGUUUCUUGUUAGCAGUGCUAUUGUUGGGUAACUUGUUCUUUAUAGCUAUUAUAGUCCUAUUUGCUCUCCAAGCCUAUGAGAGCUACAAGAAGAAGGACUAUACUCAAGUAGAUUAUUUAAUAAAUGGGAUGUAUGCUGAUUCUGAGAUAUGAACGGACACUGUCAGUACUUGUUAUAUAUAAAAUAUAUAA